UUCAAGUCUUGUGAUUUGCGAAUGAUAUGACGUUUGCGAUUGGUUGUGUAAUAGAAAAUAGAAACACACAAUGACAAAAUAGAGUGUGUGUGCAACAGAGAUGUAAUUAUUAAAAAUUUCAUACUUAUUCUAUUCGCCACAUUAUUUUUUUUUUUAUUUAUUUCACAAUAAACAAUAACAGAAUAUAAAUAAAAACUGUUAUUUAUUAUCAUUGAAAAGGAUUUUUAAUAAAUCUUAUUAAUCUAUUAAAUAAACGUCAAGUGUAUUAUUGUCAGCUAAUUGUUGUGUGAUCGUCAUUAAUGCAAAGAAAAACAAAACAAAAAUACAAGUGCGUAAUAACAAUAGCAACAAUAAAUUAAACAUAAAUUUUAAUAAAACGAAUAAAUAAAUAAAAUAAACAUAAAUAAAGAGAUGGGAUCAUCAAGGCCACCAGAUAGAUCAUUGGGUAGUGGAAUAUCAUUUCCUCAGUGGAUGAAAGGAAAAGUCGACAGUCGGUUUGACUUCGAUCAAAGUACAUUCAGUCCACCUUCUCACGACGAUAGUUUUUUCUAUAUCAGUUAUAGUAAAUUAGGGGCUGGUGGACAAUCAUCUUCAUCUUCUUGUACAACUUCAUCGUCAGUUCAGCCAUCAAGAGAAGGUUUUCAAUCAAUAAAUUCUGUUUUAAGUGAAACUAAAACUCUUUCUACUCCAACAACAGUUAAAGAAACUUCUUCUUCUUCUUCUUCUUUAUCUCAAUCAUCAAACAUUCCAACAAUUAAAAAUGUUGCUACUGAUUUGAGUAAGCAUCCAAUCGCUUGUCAACAAUCGUUUACUUCAAAUCUCAAAGGUGGAAAUCAGGAUGCAUUAUUGAGUAAUAAAUUAAUAAGUAAAUCACAACAGCAAGGAAGUGAUGAAUUCCAUAACGGAGCAACAUCUGGUCUUUGUGGUAAAUCAAUAGUCAGUGUAGCUAAUCGCAUAAUGUCUGCGUCAAUAACUAAAAAAGUGAAUAAUUCAAAUCAUUAUCCAACACUAAAUGUUGAUGUAAUUAAUAAUACUACAGUAUCAUCUCGUAAUGAAAUGGAUCGUGCCGAGCUAUUAAAAAGACGUGGAAGUAGAUCAUUACCAGUAAGUCCAAUAAAUUCUCCCAUUUCAACGCCAGAUAGUUCUCCAAAAUCACGAAGACGAGUUAUUCAAAAUAAAUUUUUUACUGGUGGAUUUUUACCGGAUGGUAAUAAAUCAUCAUCAUCAUCGACAAUACCAUGGUUUUUAUCCAGUAUUUUAAAUCAAUCAAGAGAUAUAAUUGGUCAUAAUAAAAUAAAUGAAGAAGAUGAAGUUACUGAGAUAAAUGAUAUUGUUAGCCCGCCACCAGUCAGAUCUUUAAAUAGAAAAAAAUCUAUAUCUUCACAAAAUUUAACGUAUGUCGGUAGCGGUAUUAGUAUUUCAGAAGAUAAUAAAAAAGAUAAUAAUAAUUCUUCGAUGAUGGCUACUGUUCAAAAUAUCUUUCAACCUGAACAGUCUGAAUUACGAGAAAUGAAUUUUUUGUCUCCAACUUCUAUGUGAUUUAGAUAAAUUUAUACCAUAUUUAUUCGACUCACUUAUUAUUAUUUUAUUAAUAUCCUUAUAAUUUACAUUCAUUGUGACUUUUGCGAUCUGACUUUUGUUUAUUAAUUAACUA